GAGAGCUGCUGCACCGGCACAGGGGCCGCCGCCGCCCGAGCAGCCGCAGGCCUUCUGAUGCUCAUGUCUGACACAGCUGGAGAGGAGCAUGUCCAUCUUUCCAAUGGCAGCAAAAAAUCCACCCUCCACAAGAGCUCUGGAAUGCUGUGAAGACUCCCUGCCCAGGCACACUCCUCUCCGGAUUAUCUCCAUCCCAAGGAAGCUCGUAUCCAAGAGAGUUCCCGGUCUUCCACCAUGAAUCCUGUUUACAGCCCCGUCCAACCUGGGGCUCCCUAUGGAAACCCGAAGAACAUGGCCUAUACAGGUUAUCCAACAGGCUAUCCCACUGCUGCCCCAGCCUACAAUCCCAACAUGUAUCCAACCAGCAGCCCUGGCUACGCCCCAGCCACACUUCUGAUGAAGCAGGCCUGGCCCCAGACCUCCUCGUCCUGUGCCACCGAGGGCACCUUCCACCUCCCGGUGGACGCUGGCACCGAGAACAGAACCUACCAGGCUUCUUCUGCAGCAUUCAGGUACACCGCGGGGACUCCCUACAAGGUGCCACCGACCCAGAGUAACAACGCCCCUCCUCCCUACUCGCCGUCUCCGAACCCGUACCAAACCGCGAUGUACCCCAUCAGAAGUGCCUACCCACAGCAGAACCUGUACACCCAGGGAGCUUAUUACACCCAGCCCGUGUACGCGGCCCAGCCUCACGUCAUCCACCACACCACGGUGGUGCAGCCCAACAGCAUCCCCUCGGCCAUCUACCCGGCGCCGGUGGCCGCGCCCCGCACCAACGGCGUGGCCAUGGGCAUGGUGGCUGGCACCACCAUGGCAAUGUCAGCAGGAACCUUGUUGACCACCCCCCAACACACCGCCAUCGGAGCACAUCCAGUGUCCGUGCCAACGUACAGGGCUCAAGGAACCCCCACCUACAGCUACGUACCUCCACACUGGUAAACCACUGGCCAAUCCAUAUCCGGAGUCAAACAUUGUAUGCAACUACACAAGUCUUACAUCGGCGCUGCGGCCGCUGGGCUUCAGCGCCUCGUCUGUUUGCAAGAACAAAAGAAAAAAAAAAAAGUGCAAGGGUCACUUUAUGCAUUCUUUAGUGGUUUUUGUAAAAGCUGCUUUUUCUAAUCUUCUGCCUCUUUUUUUCCCCCCCUUCCUCCCCCUCCCACAUGAAUUGUGUAACACACAUACUGACACUGAGCAAUAGUCAAGUUCUCUCUUCGGUCCUAUCAUUUGAAAGCUCAGAAUCUUCACUUUUCCAGCAUUGCCCAGCUGAGUGGUGCAGAGAUCCCCCCACUUCUUGUUCGUUUGGGUUCUUUUUGUUAUUUUUCUGUUGUCGUUGUUGUUGACAAGAGCCUAGAUUUUUUUUGGCUAGUAAGAGUGGUUGAUGUUCAGGGUACUAUGUGAAAAGCACAGCGCUGGUAGGCAGGCUUAUUCCGAUUUGGUUUGGGUAUUUUUAGUUGAAGAAUAUAAAUUAUUCAAUCUUUCAUAACAUAUUACAAGAAAAUUGGUGUCUUCCAGAUAGCUGUCGUGAUAGAUUAUAAAUGCAUUAUCUGCAGUGGAAUUCUGAACUCAUCCCUUCUUUUUGUAGGAGUAAGAGAAUAUAAAUAUAAUUAGCGACGUAACACACUUGUCUUAGGAAGCAUGAGGACUGGUCACCAGCGGGUCUUUGGUCUGCUUUUUCCAACUGGGCACGUGGAUCAUGGGUGAUGGGAAGGGAGCAGCAGGAAGAUGCAUGCCCUGUCAGCAUCUGGAACCCCUUGGGAAAACGGGAUGCUCCCCCUCAGCCACGUCCUGGGGCAGUGUGAGGGAGAAGGCGGCUCCUUCCCUGUGUGGCUGCUGUUUGCAGGCAGAGAUGUGCUGGGCAGCUGCUGAGGGAAGCAAGGACACGUCAAAAGGUUGGGCUGGAGAGCUUCUCCAGGUCCAGGGGUUGAUCUGGAGAGCUUCUCCAGGUCCAAGGGUUGAUCUGGAGAGCUUCUCCAGGUCCAAGGGUUGAUCUGGAGAGCUUCUCCAGGUCCAAGGGUUGAUCUGGAGAGCUUUUCUCAGUUUAGGGUUUGGUCUGAGGAGCUCCUCCAGGUUCGGGGUUUGGUCUGAGGAGCUCCUCCAGGUUCGGGGUUUGGUCUGAGGAGCUCCUCCAGGUUCAGGGUUUGGUCUGAAGAGCUUCUCCAGAGUAUGGUGGUGUGGGAAAGGAGGGCGUCUGGUUGAUGGAGAUGAGUCUUCAAGGCAGGGUGAAGGCAAGGUGGGUGGCUUCAGCUUGCACCCAUGGUGUUGGCAGGGCUGAGACCAAACUGCGCUGCCUCCAUGGCAGUUGAGGUGUCCCCCUCCCAUUCUUUGGGUUCCAGCUCCAAGACUUCCAGGAGAAAUGUUCAUCCAAGCACAAAUACCAGCACCAUGGAGGAAGGCCGGGGAGGGGGAUGAUGUCUGGCUGCUCUGCUUGGAGAGGUGGGAGAGGAGGAAGAAAUAGCAAUAAACACGUCGCCUCCUUCACGGGAGGGCACCUGAGAAGAGGUGACAGCAGGGAAGGUGAUCCACACUUGACAUGGACCAGGAUGGGGAACACUGGGCACGCAGGGGCUGUGGGCAUCAGGGUCAUUUUGGGGGGGUUUGGCUUACCCAGGGACAUGGGGACAGGAAGCUGGUGACAUCCCCCCUCGGGGUGUCCAAGUAGAGCAAUAAGUUGUCUUGAGGGCAGCAGAGGCAGUUUGGAUUUGCAGACAAUGCUUGUGGCCAGUUUGUUUUUAAAUCCUUGUCACUAAACCCAGCAUAGAAACAAGGUUUUUGGGACUUCUUUGGGGUUUUUUUAAGACAAAAGCUUGGUUGGGUUUUGAUUUUUGCCUCAAGUGUGCCAAAAGUGUUCCGUGCUCUCGGUGGAGUCUCCCCGCUUGGCUUCUGCUCCUGGAGCUCCUUCCCUGGAGCAUGGGCCAGGUGGGGAGUAACAAGCCUAGGGAUCCCAGGAGGACUUUCCCUCCCACUGGCUGGUCCCAGGAGGUUUGUCAGGUUGGGUGUUGGCACUUCUGUUUGGGGGUCAUUUGGUUGAUUCUGCUGGUUUUGAAGGAAAUCUAGAGCAAAGCUCUGGUUGCCCUCCUCAGCCUCAAGAGGAACAAAGUGGGGGGAGAUUUGCUGUGGGGGGACACCAGUGCUGUGGGGUGGGGAAGGGGCACCCUUGGGCUGGUAUUGAGGGAAAGGAGAAGGAAAAAAGAGAAAAAGAGCAAAUAGGCAGUGGGUUCCCCAUUUGGCUUGGCAAAGCCAAGGAUUAGUAAAGAACAGCAGGACCUUGGUAAAUAGCACCAACACAUCAUCCUUGCACUGUUUGUAGCACAUUGCAGUUAAACCUGGGCCAAAAAAAUCCCCAGAUCCUAAGAACUGAAGACUUCUGAGAUCCCCUUUUUCCCCCUCUCAUGCUGACUUUGUGUUAAUGUCUGUCAGCAUUGAGUCAGGCCUCCCAAAAGGCGCUCUGGUUUGUGGGGUGCAGUGAGCUUUGGGGUCCCUGUCCCAGCAGACACCAUCCCACCACUGUCCCAGACACCCUGCACCACGUUAGGAACCACUCCUAAAAUUCUGGCCCGUGUGUGGAAAGGAGAUGUUGGGCUUUCUCCUGGAAGGAAAAGAAACAUUAAAGGUGGGGGAGAAAGCCCCAGGAGUUGAGCGUGGUGGAUCCCACUGAUGAGCCCUAACACGGGACAGUUGGGUUUUAAUUCCUUUGCUUGGAUCAAAAGCAGAUCCAGAGCUCCUCAUCCCAUUAUUCCCAGGCAGAAAUACUCAUUAACCAAAGUGUGGAGAGGUGAAAUAUUUGCCACCUGUUGGGCCAGAGGCUUUCGUGAGGACAUUGGUAACCAGCCUUGAGCCACUGUGUGGAACCAGGGCCACCACAGAGUGCCAGGCUUGGGUAGCUCCUUCCCAAGGAGGGGCUGUGGUGCUGGGGAGAUGCUCCCUGCCCUUCCCUUGAUCCCAAAUCCUUCCCUUGGUCAAGUCAUGGCUUAACUGAGCGUCCUGGGAAGGUCACAGUGGGGAACACUGAUGAGGGCCACCAGCUUCUCAAAUAUUUAUUCCAGCAAAGCUUUGCUGAUGUUGGUUGAGGAAAAGGGUUUUCCACAGUGAAGGAUCACACUGGGCAGCAGUGGGAAAGAGCAGGAGGGGUUAAACCAUCCUUAGCAGCCACCGAAGUGUCUGAGAUUAAAAUUCCAGCUAAAGAGGAAGGAAAAAUAACUCUGAACCAUUAACCCAUCCCAGGCCUUACCUUUACUUCAAAACACAAGCUGCGAGGUGAGAUUUGGGGGGAAAAUAGGAUUUUAGUGGUGGUGGUGACCCCCAAAGCCCAGGAGCCCCUUGGAGCCUGAGGCCAUCAUGUCUCCAAGUGGCUGAACCCUCCAGGCAAGGAUUUGCUACUGCAUUUUAUGAAUAACAAAUCACUCUGUUCAGCACUGUUGCAGUUUUGGGAUGUAAUUCCCAGGAAAUGUUAUUUAAGGGGUUUGUUUUAACGAGGGGUGUUCAGAGCAUCAGGUUUUCCUCCAGCCACCAGCGUCCCACUGAAUCUGGUCCUUCCCAGAGAGACCCCCCUGACUCUUUGCCAUCCCCUCUGGGAAUGUGGGGAUGAUGUGGUUCCCAGCUGGAGGGCAUGAAAUGAGAUCCUGGUUUUUUUAGCAGGAUGGAAAAAAAUAACACUUGAGGCUUUAUUUUUGGUAAAAUCCAACCAGCCAACAAUAGCAAUAAGAGCUGCUGGAUACCCAUAAAUCCAGGUAUUUUUGGUUUGGUUUUUUUUUCCUAAUUGCCAAUAUUUUCAGGCCCUCCAACUGUGGUGACCCUCUGCCCAUCUUCCCUUGGCUUUGCUCCUGAGCCAGGAUCAGCCUCCAAAUAUUUUCUCUGCUGUGUGUUAGCAUUCCCUUAGAGGAAAAAAAAAGGAAAAUAAAGCCUGUGACGGAGCUUGGGAGGGAGGAAAUCCUUGGAAAAGGCAUUUCUGUGGCAUGUUGCACCAUGGCACUUGGAGAUUCUCUGGCAAUCAGGUAGAAGACCUUGUGGGAAUGUUUGCAGGGCAGGAAUAGCAAAAUCUGGGAGGAUUCCCGUUUGGAAGCGCUCGCUUGUGCUGCUUGUAGGGAAUAAUCUUGAUGCAACAUGGCCACCUGCAGCCUCCCUGCAUCCUCCUGCAAGAGAUGGAGCUGGGAGAUGGAAUUUUCCAGGGGGAAGAGGGGUUCAGGAUCAGGGGAGGGAUUUGUAGGGAAGCAUGGCAAAGUGCAGGAUCACACCCAAACCCUCCCAUUCCCACAACACGGCCUCAACCCACACCAGGCUCGCACCCCUCUUUCCGUGUAAUUAAUUUUAAAUUGAUUUUGACCACCAGACCAGCUCGUUUUUAAGUAUUAUUGGACCUCUUAAAUAAAAAUAAAUACCAAAAAAAUUCCCUGAAAGAACAACAACAAAAAUAAAAAAAUUUCAACCCAAGAGUAACCACGUCUUCCAAGUCUACAUCUCACAGGUGUGUAGGGAACAUGGCCUUGGACUGAUGCCCUGGAGAGCCCCACAGCCUCAGUUUGUCCAUCUGAAGUGUAAAUUUGGGGUUGUUUUCCCGUUUGUUUUCUGUUCUGGUUUUGGUUCUGAAGAUCAGGUCGUGAUCUCCCUGACAGAUUUCAGCCAAGAGUUUGUAACUGUACGAUAUUUACUGUAAGAUGUAGAACAUUCGAUAACUAUUAAAAUGUUUCCAAAAAAAAUUAAAUAAAUAAAUAAAAGAG